AGGUUGCUGCACAUUACAGGCUUGUGGCAAGUCAGAGAAACGUCCUGUAAAAAUGAGAAAGUUACAUUUUUUUCCCGCUUUUCUGGGACUUCUCUUUGUCAUUCGAACACGCGCCAUGCUUUGGGAAACAGAUAUGCCAAAUCUGUUAAAGCAAUGUUACGAACAGUUCACACAAGGGCUCACCGUUGCCGACAUUCCCGGCUAUUCUGUACAAAGUUAUUGUCUGGGCAGCUAUAUCUGGCAGACCCCACAUCUAAGACAUCAGCUAAAUUUGACAGAGAGCCAGGUCAACUAUAUUCGAUCCUUUUACAGAGAAUACCAACAGAGGCUUCGUAACACAAGACGUCACAAAAGACAGGCGCAACGCGCCUUCCGGCGAGAAAUACGAGUCCUGGAUGACGCACAAAGGCAACGAUUUUUCAAUGCUCUAGCAGUGUUGAAACAAAACGGGUUUUACGACACAUGGGCUAGUGUCCACAAUGGCAUUGUUAUUCCAUCUGCACAUGGUGGCCCAAAUUUCCCAGGAUUUCACCGAGUUUACCUCCUUUUUCUAGAGUUUGCACUCCAAAGAGUUGAUAGCUCUGUGUCUCUCUGUUACUGGGAUUCCACAAUGGACAAUGAUAUGGUUAACCCUCGAGAAACUUCAUUAUUCACUGCAUCUUUGGUAGGAAAUGGUAAUGGCAAUGUCAAUAAUGGACCUUUCGCAGGCUGGAGAGUGCCAGAUGGUUCGGUUCUAAACAGGAACAUAGGAGUGAGAUUAUCUGCUCUGAUGACAAAGCAGGCAAUAAGUCGAUUUCUUACGAACCCUCAAGUUACAAGACAUAGACAAAUUCUUGUUGGGUAUGGACAGAAUUUAGCCAAUACCCUUGAGGGCCAGCACAACAACGUUCACGUCUGGGUAGGAGGACAUAUGGUUGAUGCAACUGUGACUGCUUACGAUCCCGUAUUUUUUCUUCACCAUACCUUUAUUGAUUAUAUUUGGGAGCGAUUUAGGCAAAAAAUAAGGCAAUUUGGUGUGGAUCCCGAGACUGACUAUCCUUGGCCAAUGACGCAACGCCCAUCACAGCUGCAUAAUCCAGAUCGAAAUAUGGACACCUACACCAAUUAUACCAAUUUGGAUGGCUACAGCGAUAUUUUUACUACAGAAUUUUAUCAGUAUGAAGAUAUGCCAUCAUGCGCUACUAAUUGUGGUAAUUCCAGAUUUUUAACGUGCCAAGGCGGGGUAUGUGUUGCACGAACCGCUAGCGACAUAGGCGAGGCGACCUCAGCUCAAAUGAUGGCGUUCUCAGUCAAUUUCGCUGGAGUAUCUGAAGAGGAACCGGAACCAGCUGUACCAUUCUUAGCCUCAUUUGUCGACUCAAGAACAGUGAAUCAAAAUGGAAUGAAUGGGGAAGCAGGGGGUAGUCCCGCGGGAAGUGUAUCCUUUCAGGCCUCUAUGAAUGAUCCAAGAACAGGAGGGAGCCUCGCAAGAGGGGCUCCUGUUGGUUCCUUACAAGGCAUGCGUAGUUUCAAUGGAGGAGUCUCUGGCGGCGUCUCUCCUUUGGCAAGCCUAAACCCAUCUCUUGUUGGUAUUGUGGGAGCGGGUCGUCAGAAUUCCGGAACCAGACAAACUAGUAUGUUGGGAUCAGGAAUGGGUCGAAAUGCUCUGACGAUGCAGCCAGGGACACAAAACAGGUUCACGUUCACCGGACAGUCUGGAAAUCUUCAACAAUCAUUAUUUGCAUCACCUAAUAGUCCAGUUAGACAUCUUUGGGAUCCAAGAAUACAACAAAUUAACACCCAAACAAGGAGUAUACUAGGUAGACCUUACCAAAUGCACAAUAGCCCUUUUAGUAGAGACGAUAUUCGUAGAAUGGUUCAUGUUCAUGAUAUCCCUAUUCAGAAUACUUUUACUUUGGAUGGCGUUUCUGACAUUCGUCGCUGGGUUUUCAUGCCAGUUCGUAUCGUUUAUAUGAGACCUCCUGGAAAUUACUUUGGAUCAAGAAUCGUGCGUAACUCACAUAUUAUACCAAGUGUUGACAUGUACUCCCCCCAGGCAUACCCCGAAUUCAUGAAUAUAUCACCAAAAAUAUCACCUGCUACCUACCCUAAUUGUUACAAAAGCCUUGGAGGGUCGACCAGAGUCUUUGUGCAAUCUGAUGGAUUUUCAUAUCGCGGAACCUAUUUAGACUAUGCAGUUAUAGACGAGAGACAACCGAUAACAGAAGCCGUUUCCUAUGUUGGUGUAAAGAACCCGGAUCUAGGAGCUGCGCAGCUGUACCUGACGGCCUCUGAUUCUUGUGGUCGGGUCUGUCAGCCUCGGUGUUUGAUCCCCGGAUCGAAUCCCCCAGCUUACCGACCAUGUUCAGGGGUUUUGAAUCUUACAAAUCAAUCGCCACGUAUGUAUGGACGAACGUACGGAGAAGCCGUAAGGAGCACAUGGAACUUCGGCGAUAAAAACUGUCCAUCAAGUUAUGGAGGGGGAAUAUUUAUGACAUUUUAUUGCGAUUACGAAAAUGUUUGGCCGUGGAAAAACUGCAACACAGGAAGACAGAAGAUUUCUCCAUACUAUGGCAAAUAGUGCUCUAGCAAGUGACUUCAUUGUAUCAACACAACUUUUGCAGAUAUGGAAUGCAUGAAAAAAAGUACUAGUAAAAGGUUUUGAAAUAGCUGUUCUCUUUAUUCAUGAUUUACUUUAAUGUUAUUCCUGCUCUCAAAAAAUAAAUCAUACGGAGGACAAUGUGGUUGAUACCAUUAUAGACAUGAUCACUAAAAACCUUGAGAAAUGUGUUUUCCAUCUUUAAAGAUAUUUUUUGAUUUUUGAAGUUGAAAAGAAACACGUCAUUGUACUCAAUUCUAAACAUAAAUCUCUAAUUAAAUGUGCUUAGACACAGA